GCGCCCGGAGAGCAAUGGGCGUGGCACACCUGCGGUGUUCGGCAGCCGUUGCGGCCCAGCGGGCAGCUUGGUCCGGGAGGACGGUGCGAUGAGGCGCGAGAAGAGGCUGACGCUGUGGAUCACGUUGGCUGCCGCCCUGGCGGCCGCAGAGUCGCAGCUAGAUCGAUGCCACUCGCCCAAGAUGGUGGGCCCUUGUCGGGCAUCCUUCCAUCGGUGGUGGUACAAUACCACAAGUCAAAUGUGCCAGGAAUUCACUUUUGGGGGUUGCAGAGGCAAUGCCAACAACUUCUUCUCUGAACAGGACUGCUUUCAGACGUGUAUCAGAGGUGGGGCUGCAGAGGCAACAGUGGUACCUGGAGGGCCAGCCACAGAAGUGGCCACACCAAAAGCCGGACAUGACCCAGAGGCCUACGAAAAUAAGCCUGGCUUCAGAGAAUUCUGUGCUGCGCCCCGGGUGGUAGGUCCCUGCCGGGCCUCCUUCCUCCGUUGGUAUUUUGACCUCGAGAGCCGGACAUGCAAGACGUUCGUCUAUGGGGGCUGCCGUGGCAACAAGAACAACUAUCUCUUUGAGGAGCACUGCCGGAGCCAGUGCACAGGUGAUGGAGUUCUUGGUCUUCUUCCAGCUUCAGAGAUAAACGAAGAGCCAGGAGACACAGACGCACACCCUCGCCUCCCAUCCAGACCCUUCAGCUUCUCCACCAGAGCUGUGGUCCUUGCAGUCCUUCUGGCCAUCCUGGUGACUAUCCUGCUGGGCUCAAUGGGGGUUUUCUUUGUCAAGAUCUGCCGGAAGAACCCGGAGUUGUCCGCGGGAACGGUGUGGAGCACGCUGGAUGACAAAGAGUAUCUGAUGAGCAAUGCCUACACCCUCUGAGCAAGGGAGCUGCCUCAGUGGGAACCAAAGCAGCAUGUAAAUACCGCAGCAGGCAGCUUUAGCCUGCAGGGCUUUGAUAGGGAAGCAUCCCUCUUUCCCUGGGAACAUUCCCCUCCUCUUACUUCCCCCCACUUUCUAGCACACCAGGAAAUUGGCUCAGCUGCUCCACAGGAGUUCAAGAGGAGCUGCGGGCAGUGCCCCUCUUUCAGAGCCAGCGAUGAUGAUGACUCCCCGCUUGACCCAGAGCCCCCCUUGCCUUCCCUCUGGUGAAUGGACUCUAUAUAGCCCUGUCCCACUUGGGCCCUCUCAAUGCAAUGGAUUCCCUUAGCCGAGCCCUGCAGAGGCGGUUCAGGUGGGUAGGCCUGGUUCCCUGCACACGUUAAUCAUUGGGGAAAGGAGUGGUGGGGCUGCCGAAGGCAUUUUUCUUCAGGAGGAAGAAAACUUUUGGGGUGUUCACACUCCUGUGCUUCUGCAGAAUUCCUCCAGUGCACUUGAGACCCAAAGCUACCGUCCUCCCUCUCAAGCUGGGGUGGGCGAACUACCACAUCACCACAGCCAUGCAUUUCCCAGGGGGCUGCGGGGGGCUCUGCAGGAGUCCUGUGGAACCCCAUUUCCCUGGGGGAAAGGAGUGCUGAGUGUCCCAAAUAUGGCUAUCCCAGUGCAGUGGGCAGAGUGCAACAGCCCCCAAUUUGAGGGCCAGGGAGGGAGAAAAGCAAGGCCAUCUGUCCCAUCCCCUUUGUCUGGACAGAGGGCCUUGGGCCCCCUUAGUUCAUUCCUCAAUAUGCCUUAAGCUCAGCUCUCCUCCAGGACCUUCCCUCCAGUGCCUCUCCUCCUGUCUUUGUGAGGGCUGCCCAGUUUUGCUCCCCAGUGUGCCAGAUGGUUUUCUUGAGAUUAUCAGGUGCCACCAGCUGCAGCUGUGGAGGCUUGGCAGUUGGCUGGCAUGGACCGUUUUUCCCAAAGCCUCCCAGAUGAGGCCACCUUUGGCUCACAGGCCCACCGCAAACCUUAAUGCCUCUGGCUUUGCAAGGAAGCAGAGAGAGGAGCUGGAGGGGGCACUGUGGCAACUGAAGGCCUUGGAUUGCACUGUCGGCUACAGCUGCCAGCAGUUCCACCGCAUGCUUCCCUUCCUACUGGGAAAGGCUGUGUUUCCAAUCUGAGGGGGACUUUCAAGAGUGGCUCCAGUGAGCGCAGCUGCUGCAGAGGCAUCUCACUGAGCAAGCUUCUACAUAACCAGCUUUAAAUGGGUUUUAUAUUUUUUUAAAAACAAAUCAAAACUUGAUUGUAUUAAAUCAUGAGGGAUUCUUUUAAUUGUGUUUUUAGUAAUGAGUGGACUCUGAAUAAAAGAGUAACUUAA